UUCCAAGUCACCAUGACAACCAGAAUGCCAGUUUACUUCCGCUACUCCUCUAGCAGCACAUCCGGUUGGGCAGCAAUAUGGCGGCGCUCGUAUCUCUGCUGCUGGAAUUCGGAGGUGGCGCAGAGCUCCUGUUUGAUGGGAUCAAGCAACAUCAGGUGACAUUGCCUAACCAAUCGAACCCCUGGGACAUCAGGCAGUUAUUGGUUUGGAUCAGACACAACCUACUUAAGGAACGACCUGAGCUCUUCAUUCAAGGAGAUACAGUGCGCCCUGGCAUUCUUGUUCUGAUUAAUGAUGCAGAUUGGGAACUGAUGGGAGAGCUGGAUUAUCAGCUGGAGGAUAAAGACAACAUAGUUUUCAUUUCUACAUUACAUGGUGGAUAAUGAAGGCCCAAACAAAGACUUUUAAGGUCCUUCCUAGGCCUUAUGUCACACUUGCCUUUCAUGCCAGGAUGCUCAUAUAAGAAUGCCAUGAAAAAAGACACUGAUAGACUUCUGUGAAGAUGCCUGUCUCUCAUUUUGUUUUUGGAUUUGGAUGCAGAAAAGUUGGCCUCUAUCGUGAUCUUCUAAACUUUAUUACUGCAUGUUCAAAUAACUAAAAUAAAGGAUUGAUCUUUUUUAUUUCCA